AUGUGGAACGGAUGGGUAUCUAAACAAUCUCUUCUGAAAGCUGCCAAACGUGUUGGUGUCACAGCGACUGGAUUAAAUGUUAACUUUAUGCAGAAAGACAAGUUUGAGCAAGCUGAAGGCAUUCUAGAUGGAAACCACACCAAUGAAGUUCCAGCAACAUCACAUGCUUAUGUGUUAUCACCUCAGAACAUUUGGAAAAAUUCUGCACUGUACUGGAAAUCAAAAUGCAUGUCAGCACAAGCUUUCAUUGAAGAAUCACAUGAAAGGAGCUUACAACUUUGUUGCAAAAGCAAGCCGCCGAUUUUUAAGAGACAAGGAUGGGCCAGUAGACAGCAUUCUGAUGAAGUGUUUGAAACCAAAGGUUGGGUCUGGCAACAUUUUGGAAGACACACCUAAGCAUCUGUCAGCAGAUGAAGCAACAUUUGACAUUUCAAAAAUCAUUGCAGGCCCUUUAGAAGUAAUACCAAAGGGUGCAACACAGUUUUUAGUUCCGUGUUAUGAAAAUGUCAAGUCUCAGUUCGAACUUGUCAAGAACAUUGACCGGACAUGUUUAGUUGAGGACGAAUUUUAUUAA